AUGCCAGGGCCUUCGCCGGGGCUGCGCCGGGCGCUACUCGGCCUCUGGACUGCCCUGGGCCUGGGGCUCUUCGGCUUCUCAGCGGUCGCGCAGGAGCCCUUCUGGGCGGACCUGCAGCCCCGCGUGGCGCUGGUGGAGCGCGGGGGCUCGCUGUGGCUGAAUUGCAGCACCAACUGCCCUCGGCCGGAACGCGGUGGCCUGGAGACCUCGCUGCGCAGAAACGGGACCCAGAGGGGGUUGCGCUGGCUGGCGCGGCAGCUGGUGGACAUCCGCGAACCGGAGACCCAACCUAUCUGCUUCUUCCGCUGCGCGCGGCGCACACUACAGGCGCGUGGGCUCAUUCGCACUUUCCAGCGUCCGGAUCGCGUAGAGCUGGUGCCGCUGCCUCCCUGGCAGCCCGUGGGAGAGAACUUCACCCUGAGCUGUAGGGUUCCUGGCGCCGGGCCCCGUGGGAGCCUCACGCUGACCCUGCUGCGGGGUGCUCAGGAGCUGAUCCGCCGCAGCUUCGCCGGCGAGCCACCCCGAGCGCGGGGCGCGGUGCUCACAGCUACGGUACUGGCGCGCAGGGAGGACCAUGGGGCCAAUUUCUCGUGCCGUGCGGAGCUGGACCUGCGGCCGCAAGGCCUGGGACUGUUUGAAAACAGCUCGGCGCCCAGAGAGCUCCGAAUCUUCGCCCUGUCUCCGGACCCCCCGCGCCUCACUGCUCCCCAGCUCCUGGAAGUGGGCUCAGAAAAGCCCUUGAGCUGCCACCUGGACGGACUGUUUCCUGCCUCGGAGGCCGAGGUCUAUCUCGCGUUGGGGGACCAGAGGCUGAAUCUCAAUGUCACCAUCGAGGGGGACGCACUCAUGGCCACUGCCACAGCCACAGCUAGCGCAGAACAGGAGGGCGCCAGGCAGCUGGUCUGCAACGUGACGUUGGGGGGCGAAAGCCGCGAGACCCGGGAGAACGUGACCAUCUACAGCUUCCCACCGCCCCUCCUGACCCUGAGUGAGCCCAGCCCUCCCGAGGGGGAGAUGGUGACAGUAACCUGUACAGCCGGGGCCCGAGCCCUGGUCACACUGGAGGGAGUUCCAGCCGCGGUCCCGGGGCAGCCUACCCAGCUCCAGCUAAACGCCACCGAAAAUGACGACAGGCGGGGUUUCUUCUGUGACGCCACCCUCGAGGUGGACGGGGAGACCCUGAGCAAGAACGCGAGCGCCGAGCUUCGCGUCCUAUAUGCCCCCCGGCUGGACGAUGCGGACUGUCCCAGGACCUGGACGUGGCCCGAGGGCCCAGAGCAGACGCUGCGCUGCGAGGCCCGCGGAAACCCAGAGCCCUCGGUGCACUGCGCGCGGCCCGACGGCGGGGCCGUGCUGGCUCUGGGCUUGCUGGGUCCGGUAACUCGCGCGCUCGCUGGCACUUACCGCUGCAGGGCGACCAACGUCCAGGGCCAGGCGGUCAAGGACGUGACGCUGACGGUGGAGUAUGCGCCAGCGCUGGACAGCGUGGGUUGCCCUGAACGCAUUACUUGGCUGGAGGGAACCGAGGCCUCGCUGAGCUGCGUGGCGCAUGGGGUCCCGCCGCCCACCGUGAGCUGUGUGCGCUCUGGGGAGGCUGGGGUCUUCGUCGAGGGACUGCUGCGUGUGGCCCGGGAGCAUGCGGGCACUUACCGCUGCGAAGCCACCAACGCUCGAGGCUCUGCAGCCAAAAAUGUGGCUGUCACGGUGGAAUAUGGCCCCAGAUUUGAAGAGCCAAGCUGCCCCAGCAACUGGACUUGGGUGGAAGGAUCUGGACAACUUUUCUCCUGUGAGGUCGAUGGGAAGCCAGAGCCAAGCGUGGAGUGCAUGGGAUCUGAGGGCGCCAAUGAGGGGGUGUUGCUGCCUCUGGCACCCCCAGACCCUAGUCCCAGCGUCCCCAGCAUCUCUAGUGACCUGACACCCGGUAUCUACAUCUGCAAUGCCACCAACGCGCACGGCUCCAUGGUUAAAACAGUCGUCGUGAGCGCGGAGUCACCGCCGCAGAUGGAUGAGUCCACCUGCCCAAGUCACCAGACGUGGCUGGAAGGGGCUGAGGCUGCUGCGCUGGCCUGCGCCGCCCGGGGUCGCCCCUUCCCAGGAGUGCGCUGUUCCCGGGAGGGCGCACCCCGGCCUAAGCGGCAGCGCAUAUCCCGAGAGGACGCGGGCACCUAUGUCUGCGUGGCCACCAACGCGCACGGCACAGACUCUCGGACCGUCACCGUGGGCGUGGAAUACAGGCCAGUGGUGGCCGAGCUGGCCGCCUCGCCUCCUGGAGGCGUGCGGCCAGGCGGGAAUUUCACAUUGACCUGCCGCGCCGAGGCAUGGCCUCCAGCCCAGAUCAGCUGGCGUGCGCCCCCGGGGGCCCUCAACAUCGGCUUGUCGAGCAACAACAGCACUCUGAGCGUGGCGGGUGCCAUGGGGAGCCACGGCGGCGAGUACGAGUGCGCAGCCACCAACGCGCACGGGCGCCACGCGCGGCGCAUCACGGUGCGCGUGGCCGGUCCGUGGCUGUGGGUCGCCGUGGGCGGCGCUGCGGGGGGCGCGGCGCUACUGGCCGCUGGGGCCGGCCUGGCCUUCUACGUGCAGUCCACCGCCUGCAAGAAGGGCGAAUACAACGUGCAAGAGGCCGAGAGCUCGGGCGAGGCCGUGUGUCUCAACGGCGCGGGAGGUGGCGCCGGUGGGGACACGGGAGCAGAAGGCGGACCCGAGGCAGUGGGCGCGGCCGAGUCGCCGGCGGGAGAUGAGGUCUUCGCCAUUCAGCUGACAUCAGCCUGA